CGCGAAUCCUCCAAUCUGUCCUUGCCGCCGCCGCCCGAUCCAGGUCUGCAGACUGCUCACUUCUCCCCACCCAACGCGGCGGCACUCCUUCUCCCUCCCCGAGUGCCUGCUGUGCGCCUGUACUUCACACCGGCGUCGCCCCCUCCUCCAGAACUCCCCACCGGAGCCACCCUCACCCGUCACGCACUCCUCCGCUGAGUGCAGCAAGUGCUGAUCAGUGGGUGGACGGGAGAUGGUGCUGAGGCGGGCGGCAACCGAAUGCCCCAAGAAGGUUGCGGGGCUGAAGGAUCUGGUGAACCUGCCAACCCAGCUGCGAGAGUUCGCCGGAGGCCGGUCCCAAAUGUCACAUAUCUCCUUCUUCCUCAGUGUCUGGUCGUACAUCAAGGACAACAAACUUCAGGACCCAACGAAUAAGAACAUUGUGAAGUGUGAUGAGAAGCUGAAGACCGUAUUAUUGGGCAGGUCCAAAGUGCAACUGUCUGAACUCCCAAUGAUUGUUAAGCUCCAUUUCCCAAAAUUGCCAAAGUAGUGACAACAUAGUAUUGUAUAUUGAAGUUCUGUGGGACCCCCUACAGUAACUUUUACUUCAAAAAAAAAAGUUCUGUGGGAACAUGAUAGGAUAGAUAGAACACUAUAUGUAUUGUUUUGCUGAAAUUUCCAUUUACUGUCUGUAUGUACUGGAGCGAUCUAUACAUCGAGCAUACCGAUUA